AUGGGUCUUGUUUUGGGGAGAAUUGGCCUAUGCUGGAGUCAAUACCCACGCUCCGUUUCUGCGUAUAGAUUUCGAGGUUGCUUAUCUCAUUAUUUUUACCCUUCCUCAACCACAAUCAUCUUCCCGAACUGCGAACAAUCAAUGAUGGACUUUUCACAUCGGUCUCCUUCCGUAAGGCGAAGAUUUCACCCUUACCAUCGACCAGAAUAUAAAGAACCUCAGAUCAAACAAACUGAGGACGCAGUUGUAGUGUCUCGAGUCAACCGAUACUUUGACAAGAAAUCCGAAAACGCAGUCAAUGUCCGAAACGGUGUCCACGAACUCGAGAUCCUCAUAGAGAUCCUUAUUAUCUAUGCCCUGUGCUCCCUCUUCUUCCAUGUACUCAACAUUUUGAAAACCCUCCGUGAUUGA